CAUCUCAUAUCUUACAUCUUAUACCAGUGGCGAAUAUCUUGUUCCAGCAAUUCGAACCUCCAGAGACCCAUCAAUAUCUCAAACCAUGGCUAUCCAUCGCUUGGGUUCUCCCAAGAGCAUACAAACGACCUUCUUAAUUCCAAGCAUUCACUGUCCGACUUGCGCUUCAUUCCUUGAGAACUUCCUAUUUGCUCUACGGCCAAGGCCGAUAGAGGUUGAAACCUCCAUUCUAUCACAUAGUGUCACGGUCAAGCAUCCCAGAUCCCUCAGUGCUCGUUCAAUCGCUCGUGCUCUAGGAGAAGCCGGUUAUGAAGUCGACACAAUUUUCAGAGGGGCAUCAUCAGAAGAAAUAAACCCAAGCGACUCGCAUGGCAGUUCUGACGAUGACUUUCCCUUUCAGUGGAUUUCUCACCUUGGUCGUUGGCUACUAGGGGGCAACAAGGUCUCGGAUGAUGAGGUUCGUAGGAAGCGCCACGCGGAACACUGCGAGCAAUGUCGCAAAGAAAACGAUGAGGCAAAGCCCUCCGAAGACGGGCAAACCACAAUAGGCCGCGAGUCCCUAGUCGUCGUCGAAUCAGGCCCGUCAAAAACAUUCAGAGCCUCUAUCUCGAUUGUUGGCAUGACCUGUAGUUCCUGUGUCGGCAAAAUCUCCACACUACUCCGCGAAAAACCUUGGGUUCGGUCUGCUGAUGUGACAUUGAUCACACAGAAUGCCACCGUGACGUAUGAAGGCGAGCACAAUGCUGAAGAAUUGGUUGAGGCUAUCGAAGAUAUCGGUUACGAAGCUCAUAUCGAUCAAAUAGAAGAUCUUUCGCCCAAACCACGCUCUGACGGUGAUUUAUGGACCGCAUCCUUAUCCAUCACGGGGAUGACGUGUGCCUCUUGCGUAGGAGCCAUCACUUCUGUUCUGGAAAAGUUACCAUAUGUCGAAGGAGUAAAUGUCAAUCUCGUUACCGGCAGCGCCACGGUCGUUGUUGAUGGUAAGAGUCAUGUGGACGAUGUAGUGAAUACCAUCGAGGAUCUUGGCUACGGAGCAACGAUAAAUGACACUACAAAGGUUGGAGAAGAGGUCGCCGAGAAUUCUGAACGAACCGUAAUGAUUCGGGUGGAGGGGACUUACUGCCAACACUGCCCCGGGAGGGUAACAGAAGCACUUCACAGUUUUGACGGCCGAGUGGCAAUCGAGAAGCCUCUCACGCCACAAGAUCCGAUCGUUACGAUUUCCUAUUUACCGAGCGCGCCUGAUUUCACCAUACGCCAUAUCCUAGCAGCAAUAUCUGCUGCAGACCCGGCAUUUCGCCCCACCGUAUACCAUCCGCCCACAGUCGAGGAGCGUGCAAGACAAAUGCACCACAGGAUUCGCCAAAGAAUAAUGUACCGAGUCUUACUAUCAAUCGCUGUGGCUAUCCCCGCCUUUAUUAUCGGGAUUGUCUACAUGGCGCUUCUGCCAGCGAGCAACCCGGGUCGUCAGUAUCUCAUGCAACAUUUAAAGGGGGUGACCCGAGCAGAAUGGGCCCUCUUGAUCAUGGCUACACCGGUGUACCUCUUCGCUGCCGAUAUCUUCCAUCGCCGAGCGAUCAAAGAGUUGUACUCCCUAUGGAGGCCCGGAAGCCCCGCUCCCAUACUCCGCCGGUUCUAUAAGUUUGGCAGUAUGGAUAUGCUUAUCUCAUUUGGCACGUCGAUCGCGUACUUCAGUUCCAUCGCUGAACUCAUAAUCUCCGCAACCCAACAGGACGGAGAGCAGAUGCAAGAAAACACGACAUAUUUCGACUCUGUGGUUUUCCUUACCAUGUUCCUACUCAUCGGACGAUUGUUAGAAGCUUACAGCAAGGCAAAAACAGGCGAGGCUGUUUCUGAGUUGGGAAAUCUACGGCCGAAAGAAGCUCUCCUUCUAACCUCCACCGAUGGCGACGACGAAACCUACGAAAAAGUCAGCGUUGAUAUGGUGGAGACAGGAGAUGUGGUUAGGGUCGUUCACGGCGGAUCUCCACCAUGGGAUGGAUAUCUUCUUAGCGACAAAGGAGAGUUUUCGGAAGCAAGCUUAACGGGAGAAUCCAAACCAGUCAAGAAGAUCACAGGGGACCAAGUAUUCUCCGGCACCGUGAACGAAGGCGGUCCCAUAUCAAUGCGCAUCACCGGAGCCUCGGGCAACUCGAUGCUAGACCAAAUCAUCAAGGUAGUUCGGGAGGGCCAGGCGCGACGCGCUCCAAUUGAGAGGGUAGCCGACACUCUUACAAGCUACUUCGUGCCUGUCGUUACUUUGAUCGCAAUAUCAACCUGGCUCAUUUGGCUCGGGCUCGGACUCUCUGGGCGACUCCCGCAAUCGUAUCUCGAUACUCCGGUUGGCGGUUGGCCUUUCUGGUCGCUCCAAUUUGCUAUCGCUGUCUUCAUCAUCGCUUGUCCUUGCGGUAUCGGUCUAGCCGCACCAACUGCUCUUUUCGUCGGAGGCGGUUUGGCGGCUAAGCACGGAAUUCUAGCUAAAGGCGGAGGUGAAGCUUUCCAAGAAGCUAGCAACAUCGAUGUUAUUGUGUUUGAUAAGACAGGAACUCUGACGGAAGGCGGCGAGCCCCAGUUAACCGAUCACGAAUUCUUCCUUUCGGAAUCUGAGGAUUGGUCUGAACCACAAAUUAUGGAUUGCCUCAAGGAGAUCGAAUCGAAUAGUAGCCACCCUAUCGCCAGAGCUAUCGUUUCUUUCUGCGUUGGUUUCUGCGAGAUUAGAGGUAGCAAAGGCAUCAAAGCUCUCGAAAUCGAAGAAGUUCCCGGCAAGGGGAUGAAAGCUUCGUUUGACUUAGGGUCUCCGCUUGGAACCGUCGAAAUCCUUGUCGGAAACGAAACGCUCAUGAACGAUAACGCUGUACCCAUCACUUCCGAAGCAUCCCGAACGUUAGAUACGUGGAAAGAUCAAGCAAAGUCAGUCGUAUUGGUGGCCGGCAGAUCUACUUCAUCUGCAAAUUCAUCAUGGAAACUUCUCGGCAUUUUCGCUACUUCCGAUCCUCUUCGGCCGGAGGCUAGGCCCGUCCUUGAUGCGCUUCGCCGCCAAGGUAAAGAUAUCUGGAUGUUAUCUGGAGAUAAUACCAAGACGGCAAACGCUGUCGGCGCCCUUGUUGGUAUCGAUCCCGAUCACAUCAUCGCCGGUGUAUUACCCGAGCAAAAGGCAGACAAGAUCAGCUACCUUCAAAAGAGUCAGGUUAAAUCUAGGUCAAGGUUCCUCGGAUUCGGGUCAAAGCCAAUCAAUCAGAGAGCCGUAGUCGCCAUGGUCGGCGAUGGCGUCAACGACUCUCCAGCCCUGACUGUCGCCGACGUCGGUAUCGCCAUCGGAUCAGGCUCCGACGUAGCGAUCUCGGCCGCGGAAUUCGUUCUCGUGAACCCGAAUCUUAACACCCUGCUCGUCCUGACCAGUCUCAGCCGUGCCGUGUUCAAGAGGGUGAAGUUCAACUUUGCCUGGGCUCUGGUAUAUAACCUCGUGGCUCUUCCGAUUGCCGCGGGUGUCCUGUACCCCUUGGUCGUGAACGGCAAACACACUAGGCUGGAUCCUGUGUGGGCGAGCUUGGCUAUGGCGCUUAGUAGCGUGAGCGUUAUCUGCAGUAGCUUACUCUUGAAGAGUAGGUUGCCGAUUGUUGGAUUCAGGGGUAGUAGGAUCUUGAACGCGGAUAGCUGAGAUGUUUGGAUCCAUGGGAUACGAAGUUAGGAUUAACGUCAGAUUGGGUAGCAGGAGUUUCUUUGAUUAGCGAUUUCGAUAGAUAAUGAUAUACAUUUGUAUGUUACCACCUUUUCAGUCUUUGUGACAGGGUCUUUGUUGGGCGAAAGUAGAUAUGAUUUAUUCCUGUGCUCGAAUUUCAUACCACCCAAUUCUCUCUACUCGCGCCCCAUG